CUUAAUAAAUUUUAGAGGUUAAGUUGGUCCACAUUUUGAAAUAAAUUUCAUCAUUCUUAAAGUAAAUUUAUAAUUUUAUUUAAAUUAAUUUUGAAACAGUGACAAUUUGUUGGAAUUUAGCGGCAUAAUUUUUCGUUAAUUAUUUAUUUAAAAAAUAAUAAGGAAAUAAAAAUGAGUGAUUUAUUUGGAAACACAAGUUUUGAAGAACCAAAAAAACCAGGAGUUGAUAAUGAACUCAAUGAAUUUUUAAUGAUGGAGAAACAGAAAGCGCAACUUACUGCACAGAUUCAUGAAUUCAAUGAUUUCUGCUGGGAAAAAUGCGUCGACAAACCAGGAACAAAACUCGAUGGUAAAACAGAAACAUGUUUAAAUAAUUGCGUCGACCGAUUUAUUGAUGUCUCGUUGCUGAUAACAACUAGAUUUGCUCAAUUAUUACAAAAGUCAACCAGUGGAAUGUAGAUAUAGCUGGAGAACUAUAUAAAUUUAUCACUAUUUUAAUUCUAUUAAAAUUAAUUAAUAGAUCUUAGGCUAUAGAAUGAAUACAAAAAAAAAAACAAAAUGUUAAAUAAUAAACAAUGAAAAAUUAA